AGCAACCGCAAACAGAAGUUAGCUUUUAACCCUUUCCUCACUAAAAGUAUGUCAUACAUCCCUACCUACGAUUCUUUGGAUGCCAUAUACGAUAAAUCCUUCGUCGCUAAACAAGGUGCUCGUUACCAAGCUCUGUUAGACAAGUUCGAGCAGACUUAUCAUCGCAAGCCAGACUUCAUUGCCAGAUCUCCAGGACGUGUUAACUUGAUUGGUGAACAUAUCGAUUAUUGCGGGUUCGGAGUGUUGCCUAUGGCUGUUGACCGUGAUGUUGUUAUGGCCGUCGCUACCACCAACGACGAUACCAAAGUUCGCGUCGCCAACGUCAACUCCAAGUACCCUUCCCGCGAGUUCGACUAUGAAGGUGUAGAAAAGAUUGUCACCAUUGAUUCCUCUAGCUUGGAAUGGUCCAACUAUUUCAAGUGUGGCUACAAGGGUAUGCUCGAGCGUGCUCAAUUAAAAAAACCCAAGGGUAUGUUUGUCCUGGUAGAUGGCAAUGUCCCAGCCGGUUCAGGUCUGUCUUCUUCGGCUGCUUUCUGCUGCACGUCAGCACUGACUGUGAUCACCGCCAACGAGCUCAAGAUGACCAAGCAGGAGCUUACUGAAAUCGCUAUUGUUGCUGAGCGUAAUGUAGGCGUAAACAGUGGUGGUAUGGAUCAGUCUGCCAGUGUCUUAUCUGAGCAAGGCUUUGCUCUUCAUGUUGAGUUUGUCCCCAAAUUGAAGGCUGUCCCCGUCAAACUACCUGAAACUCAGCCCAAGUUAGCUUUCGUCAUUGCAAAUACUUUGGUGACGGCCGAUAAAUUUGUGACCGGGCCUAGAAAUUAUAACCUCCGUGUAGUUGAGACCAAGGUUGGCGCGUUAUGUCUAUCCAGAGCUCUAAAGUUGGCCAAGCCUGUCGACACUUAUAAGGAAGUUUGCGACUCUUACUUCUCUGGCCAAGAUGUGUCACAAGACGAGCAACUGAAGAAAAUGCUGUCGGUUGCCGAUCAAGUAUUCACCAACACAACUGGCUACACUCGAUCAGAAAUGGCUGAGCUAUCUGGUGUUGCAGAGGAUGAGCUAGUCAAGGAAUAUAUGACUCGCUUCCCUGUCGAAACCGACGUCUUCCGUCUUCAUCAACGAGCCAUUCAUGUUUUUGGUGAGGCUUUGCGAGUAAUCCAAUUUGGAAAUGUCUGCGCAAACCCACCAACCGACUCUAACCAAGUUUACAAACAACUUGGUGGUCUCAUGAACCAAUCUCAAGAAUCAUGCUCCAAGCUCUUCAACUGCUCAUGCCCUGAACUUGAUGAGCUCACUGCUCUUGCUCGCGAAACUGGUGCUGAAGGAUCUCGACUAACCGGUGCUGGUUGGGGUGGCUGCACUGUUAGUUUGGUGCGUGAAGAUCAAGUCUCAGAAUUUAUUGCUACUAUCAAGGAGAAGUAUUACAAGAAGCAUUUCCCAGAGUUAUCUGAAGAUCAGUUGGACGACGCUAUUUUGGCCACUAAGCCAUGCUCUGGCUCUGCUGUCUUUACCGGAUUUUAAAUCGACAAGCCUAGCCUUUAAUGUUUGUGUUAAAAAAAAUGAUUGGUGUAUAUGGUAGAUGUCCUUUUCAAAAACCUCUUGUUCUGAUUUUCUGUACUUGAACCUCAGCUGUUAAUAUUGUUGUAUUGUCUUCUCUCUGUAUCUUAACGCUUAUGGGGUUUUAUUUCCCACUUAAAUUACUCUGAUAAAAGAAGUAAAUUUGGCAAAUUGACAUCAGUUGUUAGUGUAAUUUAGUACAAAUAGCAAAGCAUGACGGAUCCUUUGGCUAUCCAAAUCACCAAUCCAUCAUAAUUUUUUGCUCAACUCGUUUGAGAGAUAAUAACACUUUUCAUAAUUGUACUUUCAUGGUAUUAUGGCUAUUCUACAAGAAGAUUAAAAGUGAAUCACAAUACCCAGAAUUUUCUUGACAAA